AUGUCAUCUUGUAAGCCAUCUCCUACUGUGGUUGACACGAAACCAAAGCUUAGUGCUAAUUCCAGCACACCAUAUGUCGAUCCAUCUCAUUAUCGAAGCCUUGCAGGGGCUAUUCAAUAUGUCACCUUCACGAGACCCGAUAUUGCUUAUGUUGCGCAACAUAUGUGUUUAUUCAUGCAUGACCCAAGGGAAGAACACAUGCACGCUUUCAAGCAUAUUGUGCAUUACAUUCAGGGUACUCUUGAUCAUGGCUUGCAUCUCUAUCCAUCUUCCACAUCCAUUUUUCUCUCUUAUUCAUGUGCUGAUUGGGGUGGGUGUUCGGAUACCAGACGCUCUACAUCGGGUUAUUGUGUGUUUCUUAGUGAUAAUUUAAUUUCUUGGUUCACCAAACAGCAAACUACGUUGUCACGAUCUAGUGCGGAGGCAGAAUACCGAGGCUCUGCCAAUGUGGUUUCUGAGUCUUGUUGGUACGAAACCUUCUUCUAG